AUGGCUGCUGUGAUCGCUCACGCCGGUAAUUUAUCCAAACUAUCAAAGUUUCUGGAAAUCAACAACAUGACGAUUAUAGAUAUGAUUUUUCAGCAUCGAACUUUACCGAGCCGUGUGAUGUCGUCACGGCGCCGCCACAGGACAGGACGACGCAUGCCGAAAGGGCAGAGGAGAAGAAGACAGCGUCGAUGUAAGGAUGACGCCACCCUUCGUCUUUCCUCCAGUUCCCAGAGCUCAGUUGAAAUAACAGCCACGGCAACAUCAUCACAUGGAGGGCCAACUAUUAUCGCUACGGCAACCGCACCGGUCAACACGAGAUCUGAAAGAGAGAGUGCCGCAUUUGCAAUGGCAGCAAUUCUUGCCAAAGAACUGAAACCCGAACACAAGUUGCCUAGUAAGGACAUUGCGGUUCGCCCAAGGGAAGAAUUCCUCAACUUACUGGCAACCGUGGGAGCUAAUGGGCAAGUUUUCACACCAAGACAGUUACUCUCGUAUCUGAUAAAAUAUAUCAGUAGUAGAUAUUUAUACGAUGAAUUAGAUCCCAGAAGAGUUUAUUGUUCGGAUGAUCCUUUGGGAAAGGUAUUUGGUGUGAAAGAAUUUACAAUCAAAGAUGUGAGGAAUCUCCUGUUUGCCAAUGUGACUGUAGCCAGUGAAAAUUUAGCCGAACAGCAUGAUGCAAGUUUCCAACAUCAUAAAAGGGAGUCUUUGUUCAAACAACGACAUUACUCACAGCCGUUGCCUGGCGGUAGUGAUGGAGCAUCCACAUCAGCAUCAUCUCCUAAAAGUGCUACAACAACCAGCAAUAGUAUCCCUGAUACUUUCCCGCUGAGUAUGCCGGUAUCAUUUGCGCCGUCGUCAGUCUCUAAUGUCACAUCAACAGUUGGUAAGCAAACCACAGAAUUCACAGCAUUGCCAGGAUUUGAUCUUCUCAGUGAAAGACCAAAUGAAGAUAGAGAACCGCACUCCUCCACGGAGUCUUCAAUCACUACCCAUAAAGAUACAGAUACACACAAUAUCCAGGGUUACGAAACAGCGACCGUGGCUGACACGUCUGAUGAUCUUUGGUUCCUAGAAGAGGAUGCACGUUUCUCGGUUGAAUAUGAAGUAGAAUCUAACGAGAGUGAAGGAUAUGGAUUUGGAGCGACGUCUACGGAAUCAGAAUCUAUUGACUCAUCUGCUGAUGAAGUUUAUGAAUUUGAGCUUUGUGAUGACAGCGAGUCAUGUUUUGCCGAUGAUGACAGCAGUGAUUCUGAUUCUGAUUUCACAGAUAAGGACAAGUGGAUGUGUACAAAGUGUGAUGUUGCUAAUUCUCCACUCGUUCGUUACUGCGUAAAGUGCUGCUCACUUAGGGAAGGCUGGUUGCCAGACUUGGUGCAUAAAUCUCAAUUGAAGCUAGCGAGAGGUCCAAGACAGUUGAAAAGAUCCAUAUCAGAACCAGCACAUCUCCAUGAAAUAACUUUAGCAAACCAUUUAUUUAUGUACUUACAAGUUAUUCACAUGGUUGUUUCAGUUGGUGUGGUUGCCAGUUUAACAUCAUCGCUACGAGACGUGGCUGUUACGGGCACUGAUGCAACCGACAUAGGAUUUCCUGUUGCAUCUGGUGCAGAGCGUGAAGUUACAAAAAGUGGUGAAGAUUUAUUAGAUAGCUCACCGAAACGAGAUGAUGAUCCGUACGAGAUACAGAACCAAAAUGCUGUACGUGACCGUGAAAUUCGUCUUGCAGAGGACGACGCUGGUGCAUGGCCGGCUUUCCAUGUACCUCCCCGUCGUAGAAGAGUGGCACCUUUGAUUCCUGAUGGGAAAGAUGUCCCAGAUACUGAUCCCAAAGAUGUUGCCGGGAAACCUCAGAUAUACGCCGCUUAUGGCCACGAUGUACCUGAUACGGAUCCAUCUGAUGUUGCUGGUCCAUCUGGAGUAGCCUCGGGGUCGGCAGCCAUCGUUCAGAAUGCUGGUAGUCACCAUGUGGUCAAGCGUCCAAUUUCAGAUCAGGACUCUCCAGAACGACUGCCAUUGAAAAAGAGAAAAAGCAGCCGUGAUAGCAUUUCUCCUGAGAAAAAUACGGCAUCUUUUCUUCCUUGUGAUGCGUUUACUGAAAAAGAUGCGAGAGAUUUGUCACUGUUGACUGUCGAAUGUCCUCCAUAUCCUGUGAAUCUUUCACCGUUAAGUCAAAGUCAGAAACCUGGGAGGGAUGAAACCGAUCAUGGAAACGGAGAUUCCGUUGAGGAGAAAAAGGAGGAGGAAAAUGCCAAGCAUGAUGAGUGCGUUCCAUCCUCGUCCCUACAAAGACAGUCCUCCCAUGAUACCCUCUUAGCAGAUUCACCAGACGAGAAGUUAUCCCAGCAUGCAUUUGGAAAAGAUGAUGUGACGAAAAAAAUGGGCAUGAAAGGUCGAGAUGAUUCUGGUGUAAGCAUAGCAUCGACAUCAACAGCCACCACAUCAUCAGUAACAUCAGGAUUACCCUCGAUGACUGCUGCUAGUUCAUCGUCUGCGGAAGCGAGAGCAUUCAACGAUUUGUGUAUGAUAUGCUCAUCCAAGCCAAAGACUGCGAGUAUUAUCCAUGGUCGCACUGGCCACCAAGUUUGUUGCUAUUCGUGUGCUAAGAAACUACGUCGCCAUGGCAAACCAUGUCCAGUUUGUCGACGCCCGAUUCAAAUGGUAGUCAAGAAUUUUCUUCUGUGAUGAUAUGAACAAUAUUUAUUUAUUUAUUCUGAGUAUUUUAAUUUCAGUAUU